AGCCCCAUAGCACGGUUUCGCAUCACGCCAGGGAUAACACACUCUCCAGUCUCUCGCUGCGGCGUGUUUAUGGUUUAAUUGUCAUUUUGAGCUGCAAACCUUCGAAGGAUUAAAAAAAAAACCUUGAUGACCUUUGCAGCCCGAAAUAACUCCAAGGUCCUUGGAUUGUAUGCAGUUCAAACACUUAAGCAUGUGGCCCAUGGGUGCCACAGUCCUGCUACUUCAAAGGAUCUUUUCUCCCAUGGAAUUUUAACAUAGGAACAAAGUUUCAAAAGCAUCCAAAAAACCCUUUGGAUCACAAGGCAUUUAUUUCAACGAUAAUCAUAAAUGUGUGGACCUGUACAGGGAUGUUUUCUUUAAAAGCCUACUUGACUGUAUGUGUCCCUUUUUUCCCGAAUAAGUAACCUAACAAGGGAGACUCCCAUGAGCAACUCUGCAGGAGGCUCGAUAACGUCGACAUGAGUAGUACUUUAGGCAAAGAAAAAGAUUCGAAAGAAAAGGACCCCAAAGGUGGUCCAGCUGGGAAAGAAAGGGAAAAAGAGGCCAAGGCUCUAGCCGGCUUAGUCAAAGAUGGUGGUAAAGAAACGAAGACCAAAGGGAAAGAUGCCAAAGAUGGAAAGAAGGACACCAGCAGCUCAACACCGGGUGUUGCCUUCUCGGUUGACAAUACGAUUAAGCGGCCAAACCCGGCAGCAGGUACACGCAAGAAGUCCAGCAAUGCCGAGGUGAUCAAAGAGCUCAACAAGUGCCGGGAGGAGAACUCAAUGAGACUGGACCUAUCUAAACGGUCCAUUCACAUGCUGCCCACCUCCAUUAAGGAGUUGACGCAGCUGGCUGAACUCUACUUAUACAGCAACAAGCUGCAGAGCCUGCCGGCUGAGGUUGGUUGCCUGUCAGGCCUGGUCACUUUGGCCCUGAGCGAGAACUCCCUGACCAGUUUGCCUGACUCCCUGGACUCCCUUAAGAAGCUUCGAAUGCUCGACCUCCGGCACAACAAGCUGAGAGAGAUACCGGCUGUUGUCUACCGACUAACAUCUCUGACCACGCUGUACCUGCGCUUCAACCGCAUCACAACCGUGGAGAAGGACAUCCGAAACCUUUCCAAGCUCACUAUGCUCAGCAUUCGGGAGAACAAGAUUAAACAGCUGCCUGCAGAGAUAGGGGAGCUAUGCAAUCUCAUAACUCUGGAUGUGGCACAUAACCAGUUAGAACACCUACCGAAGGAGAUCGGGAAUUGCACACAGAUAACCAACCUCGACUUGCAGCACAAUGAGCUCUUGGACCUACCAGAGACUAUAGGCAACCUUGCAAGCAUAAAUCGCUUAGGGCUGCGAUACAAUAGAUUGUCAGCGAUCCCCAGAUCAUUAGCCCAAUGCCGAGAGCUGGAGGAGCUAAACCUGGAAAACAACAACAUUUCGGUGUUGCCUGAAGGCCUACUUUCAAGUUUGGUCAACCUAACCAGUCUAACACUGGCAAGGAACUGCUUCCAGUCGUACCCUGUGGGGGGACCAUCCCAGUUCUCCACCAUCUACUCCCUCAACAUGGAGCACAACCGCAUCAACAAAAUCCCCUUUGGCAUCUUCUCCAGGGCCAAAGUGUUAAGCAAGCUUAACAUGAAGGACAACCAGUUAACAUCGCUGCCGUUGGACUUUGGCACAUGGACGAGCAUGGUCGAGCUUAACCUGGCCACCAAUCAGCUGACAAAGAUCCCAGAGGACGUCUGUGGUUUAGUCUCUCUGGAGGUGUUAAUAUUGUCCAAUAAUCUUCUCAAGAAGUUACCACAUGGUAUUGGGAAUUUGAGAAAGCUACGGGAGCUCGACUUGGAGGAAAACAAGUUGGAAUCUCUACCCAAUGAAAUUGCUUAUCUUAAAGAUAUACAGAAAUUGGUGUUGACAAAUAAUCAGCUGACCACGUUACCCAGAGGCAUCGGCCACCUCACCAACCUUACUCAUCUGGGUUUGGGGGAGAACCUGCUGCAACACCUCCCAGAGGAAAUAGGUACACUGGAGAACCUGGAGGAGCUGUACCUCAACGACAACCCCAACCUGCGCAGCCUCCCGUUCGAGCUGGCCCUCUGCAGCAAGCUGUCCAUCAUGAGCAUCGAGAACUGUCCCCUCAACCACCUGCCGCCCCAGAUUGUCGCAGGGGGCCCCUCCUUCAUCAUCCAGUUCCUCAAGAUGCAGGGACCGUACCGUGCCAUGGUCUGAGCCGACAGCAGCUCACUCCCAGUCCUACUUAACUCCAAACCCUCCACUUGCUCUGCACCCUCUCGCCUGCCCGCCCCCAUUAAGUGUAUCAUACACUGUAAAGAAAACCGACUCGCCACAAUCAGUGUCGGGGGCAAACACAUGGAGGAAGAGGGAGAACAAGAUGAUGUUUCUUUCACCAUCCUCGGGCAGAAACGGGGCGAAUCGUCAGACUUGACUUCUGUUUUACUCCAGAGUUUAUCACGGUCAUUUUCGGACCCCGGCCACCCCUGCUCAUGUUUCAUUCCCUAUCAGAGGAAAAUGUUCCAUCUCUUUGCCAAAACUGAAGAUAUAUAAAGUUAUAUAUAUUGAGUAACUGUGAGCUAAGUGGCAAGUCUUUUAACCAUAUAAACCGUGCUCCCAUUGCCAAUGUAUUUACAGUAAUUACACGCAUCUAUUAUGUGAGCAAGGAUACAAUUGUAUGCAAAAACAAACAAAAAAAGUCUUUGGAACAUUUACUGCUGCUGCUGUAAUUUUAACGUCGUCAUCUUGUUAUAUUUUCUUUUGAUAUUCACUUUUUUUUACAUCACCUUCGCUCCAGAUAACUUAUGUUAACUGCUUCUUGACCACAGAGAACAAAGAUCUAAUGAUGGCAUGUUUAUAAUAUCUUUUUGUAUUUUCUUUUUUUACCUGUUUUUGUUUAUUUUCAAAAACUGUGCCUAUGUUUAGAGUGAUCCAGUGGUUCAUUUCUAGACACAAUUGUCCAUGAGAAUACAAAGAUAUAAAUUAUUUCAAUAAUUCAUUUUUUAUUACAGCUGUUUUUAAGUUAGUUUUACUUUUUUUUUAAUUGGGUUUUUUGCUGUAACAUCAAUCUGUUAAAGCAAGUGAUAUAAUUAGUCAAAUAGGGUAAUUGGAGAUCUUUUUAACAAAUAACAGCAGCAGUUGUUAAACAUUAAGCUAGUAACGUAUACAUAUGAGAAAUGCCAAUCAUAAAUGCUUGAAAAAAAAGAAGCAAGAUGGACUUUUCUCCCGUGCGGGUGGUGCUCCGACCCCCGUCAAUAUUGCUUUUGUGACAAAAAGUUAUUUGGAAAAAAGUCAAACCUACAGAGGUGAUGGGAUAAAUGACAAGAUGUUUUAUACAUGUAUACAAAUCCUGGUUGUUGCCUUGAGUGCAAUUUUAGUUCUGUUUACUGGUUUGAUAUUAUCUUCAGUGUUGGGCUGCAUAGCUAUCAUUCAAUUGAUCAUUGACCAACAUAUCAAGCAUUUUGAAAAAUACUUUAUCUUGGUCUCUUGCGCUGUGGUGAGUGUAUCAGAGCUUCAAAACAGUUUGAUAAUAAAUCAUUGACAGGUAACACUUCCUAUUGGUAAUAUCCUUAAUUCCUCAGUAUUUUUUUUGUUUUUGACACGGUCGCAUACAAAUCUUAAUUACAUGAUGGAAAAUGUUCCCUUGAUUUAGAUUCCUUAUGUAAUUAUAUAUAUUUUUUUCUUAAAUAUCUUCUUUUGUCCCACACUGUCCCAGCAAUGCUGCUGCUCUUAUGCACUUUUUUAAAAAGACAUUGGCAUCCUCUAUAUUAAAAAAAACAAACACACAGUAGCCUCUCAUUGGUUAUUUUGAAUGGGGGCAUUUUGUUUCAUAAAGUAUUUUAUCUGUUUUAAAUAACGGUUUAUCAUGUAAAUUUGUAUCAAUUGAACAUAAAUGUUAAGUUUAGCGGGCUCAGAAUAUACUAGUAACUUCCUUUGGGGAAGUUGUAUCCUGUCAAUCUUAAAAGGGUCUGUGUGGCUAUGAGAUGUCUUAAGAUUCCCAUAUCCUGCUUUCUCCAUUGCAAGUGAAGGCUUACUGCAUUUCAGAUCAGCAUUGUUUAUUUGAAAUCAAUUUGCAUUGAGUGUUUUCUUUUUUCUAAAUGAUGAAAUGUGUAUUUAGUUAGUAUUAUUUCAAGUGACUGUACAUUAAAAAUCCCAACAAAAAGGUAAUCAAACCAAACUUUUUUUUCUUUAUGAAAACGUGUUGCAUCCCUGCUCUAUAUUCAAUCAUGAUUCUUUUUUGUAUUGAAACGUGUGGGUCUACUUUUUGCAGCAGCUUGGUGUGUUUUACUUGGCUGUGGCUCGUCUCCUCUCGGGUGGGGAGCGAUGUGCCGCUGCUUCUGAUUUACCAGCAGAAUCUGUUGCUGCUUUCGUGGACUGAAACAUAUGCUGUACAACACGGGGGGGCAGGAGGCGGGGAGCGGUCCACUCCCAACACUGAUACAGACUUCACUCGAAAACCUGACGAGGAACAAAUCCACUGACCGUUUUGAUUUGGUGUCAGGCCCGGUGGCUUUUCUCACAGAUCAAAUCGUUCGGAAACAACGAUGAUACGACACAACAAGGUGCAUAUUUGAGCUAUACGCAGUUACAGUACAAGACUGUCGGAAAAGACAACAACAAAUUGUAAAAAGGGCUUUCUGUGUUUACGCUCAACAACACACCGGAGGCAUUGCAUUCCUGGGUUUUCUAUACAAGCUUUGGAAGUUUUUUUUUUGUGUAUUUACUUUUAGCUGUAAACAAUUGUGUGAAAAAUGCCUUCAACGUGUACUCAAAAGUGAGACGUGCAUUAGGUAAGCAGCGAGAGUGCUGUGACCCAUUUUUACAUUCAGUCUGUGGUUUUUGCGUUUUAUCAUGUGCCAUUUUGCAAGGUUGAGGAGGCCUGUGUAUGAAGAUGCAGAGGAUGAUGGGAGGUGGGGCACAAACUGAACUAGGCUAAUGGACUGGAGAGCAUUUAUCAGAUCCUGGAAUGUAGUUUUAAUGUGCUGUGUAGGAGACGGAGAUCACCGACUAGCACGUUCAGUUUCAGUUUUGACUUGUUAGAUCAAAAUGAUGACAACUUAUUGCAUACUGGUGCAUCCAAAAUAUUUGGAGUAUAAUUGGUGUUUAUUUUUCUAUCGUCUGAUUUUUAGGCAGUGGAAAGCAUCGCAGAUCAAAGUAAUUUCUCUCAUUUUGCUUUUUAUUCGGGAUCAUGUCCUUUUUUUGCCUGGUUAUUUUGUACAGGAAACAAGCAUGUUGAACACAUUUGUCUGGGUCAGAAUCGGGCGUUUUUUGCAUAUAGGACUUGGAUUUAGUGGCUAUUUGGUGUAUCUGCAAAUGCUCCCUUUUUGUAUAUUGCAAAGGGUAUCGAAGCAUUGUGUGGCAAUGCUUAUCCUACUUAAUCUACAUUGACAAGCAGCCUUAAUGGUCCUUUUUAUGUGUUUGUUUGGCUAUUUCUUGUGUCUAUGGCCACUGACUGUACUUGAUGACAAGCAACUGGUUGUUACAAUGUAAAUUUGGGUCUAGUUUCUUUCUGUCUUAUUUUUUUCCUUUUACUCUGUACAGUAAUCUGACAUUACGGUAGACUCAGUAUUACAAAAUGUGUAAUGUGAUGAGAGUUUUACAAAGAGACAUUGCAAUGGAAGAUAAUGCCAUUAUGCUACCAAGUGAAUUUGCAUUAGCUUGCGUCUCACUUGUCUUUGGCAUUAAAGAGGAAUUCCACCAAAACUGGCUUGCAAUUAUUCUGCAAAGGUAAACUUUUUCACCAGAAGUUAACAGGAUUUAUGUUUUCCUAGCAAGUCAUAUCAGGUUUGAGUAAUAAAGAUCAAGGGAAGUAAAAGUUACUACACAUUACUAAAUAAACAUCUGCUUUUUGUAAUUAAACCAAGUCACUUUUGGUGGAAAGGCCCUUUUAAUGGGAAGCCGCCAGUACCCCCUCUAUUGUAUCUCCAUACUUUUUCUUGACUGCCUUAUGCGCACCAAGCAAAACUUUGAUGACAAUUUGAUUUAAACAACAAAGACAGAUAAUCUCUUUUCUUCUUUUCUUUCUUUAAUGUCAGUAAAGGGAUCUGGGUCUACAGAUUGAACAGAUGUUGAAAGCAAAGGUUUUGUGUCAGUUGUCUCUUGACUGGACGAGCAGAUGCAGACAUGACUACCUCUAUGCGAGUCUUCAUUGCUAACCACAGCGACCAAGAUCCAGUUUGAGGUGUUUCUACCUGUGUACAUACAAAGUUGCGUGUUGGCAGCAGGAAUUUGGAUUUGGACUAGCAAUUCAACCACAAUUUGUUUUACUUGGCAUCCUUCUGUUUUAUUUUGGUUUUACGCCUAUACAAGUAUUAUUUGGCAAAUGAAAGAGGAAAAUUGUGUGCUUGGUUGUAAAUGACAAACUCUAUCAAUGCCGCCCCAUUGUAAGACAGUUAUCCUGAAACCAACUAUUGCAGAGUGCUACUUUGCAAAUGAGUGAAAAUUACCAUGUUUGGUGAUGUUCUGUAUGUACAUACAUCUUUUUAACUGUAAUAAACCGAUACAUAUUUACAAAUUUA